UUUUGCGGUAGUUUUUGCAAGCCACGUGGCAAGCUUUACAAAGUAGAUACAGUCGAGUAGAGAGAGAGCUGUGGUAAUGGCUGUGGCUGUUCAAACUGCUCAGAUAUGGCGAAACUUUCUUUGUGUGUUUGCCCAAGAUCAUCCGGAUUUUAGACUUCAGGAGCUCCUGUCGUUGGCUUCAAUAUCAAAAUGUCAAAUAAAAUUUGACCCAACUUCGUAUUCCGUUGAGAAUCCAUUCCUCGUUGUUCAACUCCAAUCAGAGGAAUGUGCACGAAAGAUCUCAAGUCGAGCCAUGCUUAUCAAAUCCAUGUUUGAGCUAUGGGGCUGGGGAAGAGACUAUAGUGAGCUGGAGACUUCCAUUUCGCAGGAAUUUCCCUCUCAGCGAAUGGAGCCCUACACACGGAAUGACUACACCUUCAAAGUCAUCGGAAGUGGCUUCUCGAAAAAAUGCACUAUGGAAAGACAAAAAGAAAUAUACAAGAAGCUCUCGUUUCUCCCCCUAAAUGGUAAAGUGGACGUUAAGAACCCCACCCACGAGUUCUAUAUCCUCGAGGACUAUGGUGACCACCCCAACACUGCCCCAGAGGAUCCCUUGAGGGUCUUCUUUGGACGUCUGAUAGCUCGCGGUCAGAGACACCUCAUCAAGCAUUAUGCAGUCAAGGACAGAGUGUUUAUUGGGAACACUUCGAUGGACGCACAACUCUCUCUGAUCAUGGCCAACCAGGCACAGGUAAAAACUGGAAGUCUAGUGUUUGAUCCAUUCGCUGGAACCGGCAGUGUCCUAGUGGCGUGUGCACAUCACGGUGGACACGUGAUGGGGGCAGACAUUGACAAGAUCUUGCUGCAUGGAAGAGGGUAUAGUUCCCGAGCCGGGGCCAGGAAAUUCAGAGCCCGAGGGGAGAGUGUGAGAGCCAACCUGAGGCAAUACGGACUGGAAGCACUCUACCUGGACAUGCUCAUAGCGGACGCAGCUCAGUGUGUGUGGAGGGAAGGAGAACUGUUUGACGCCAUCGUAACUGACCCUCCGUAUGGUGUCAGAGAGGGGGCCCGAAAAAUAGGCUCCAAGCGAGCCACUCCCAAUUCCAUAACUCCAGAGCGUGCAGAGGGUCACAUUCCAGCUGUGCGUACCUACAACCUGUCCGACGUGUACUCUGACCUGGUCCACUUUGCUGCUCGGUUCCUUGUAAUGGGAGGGAGGUUGGUCUACUGGGUGCCUGGAGUGAAAGCUGAGUUUUCUCGGGAGCUCCUCCCCUCCCACCCAUGCAUGGAGCUGGUGUGUGUGAGUGAGCAGCCAUUGCAGACACUGGUGGGCAGGUGGCUCAUCACCAUGGAGAAAACGGCUCAAUGGACCCCGCAAGCAGACAGAGUUGACCUGAGUAGCGUUGAACUAUAUGAGAAUUUUAGAAAAAAGUACUUUGCAAAGUAACCUCUUUGUCAGUGCUGUCCUUUUGAUCAACAUUAUAUAAAUAAUAAUUAUUUUUG